AGGCACAGUUGCGGUUUUGAGCGGCUGAAAGACAAACAUUUCAACUUUGCUUAAAUCUAAAAUUUGACGCUCAUGUAGUUACAUUUGACAGUCAAAUAUUGGUAUUCAUUGACAAUGCCAAUAGUUAGAUAUAUAUAUAGACCAAACUAAGUAUCGGACAGGCAGUAGUAAUAACCCGGAAAUGUCUUCGCCACUCUGUUCUUUGCUGUUUCUCGGCAUCUUCACAUUUGUCUUCGGAGACGAGAAAAACAUCACAGCUGGAUCUGGACAGAACGUCUUUCUGACAUGUCGAGCUCCAAACAACAACAUCAAAGGUGUGAAGUGGAGCAGAGCUGGUCUGGAGCCAGAAUAUGUGCUUUUUUACAGAAAUGGGCAGUUUGAUCCAGAUGACCAGCAUCCAUCUUUUAAGAACCGGGUGGAUCUGCAGGACAGACAGAUGAAGGAUGGAGACGUGUCUUUGAGUCUGAAGAAUGUGACGAGUAAUGACACUGGAACAUACGAGUGUCGUGUCUUCUCAAAAGGGAGGAACGAUAAACCCAUCAGCAUCAUUCACCUUCAUGUUGUUCCUCCAGGUCAGACAGGAGGAGACACAGAGGAUGGAGGGAAGAAGGGUGGAUCUGUUGGACUGAUCGUUGGUUUGUCAGUUUCUGCUGUGAUUCUUGUUGCUGCUGUUCUUGGUUUUUUGAUCUAUAGAAGCAAGUGGCAAGAACAGAGUCAAGAUUCAUAUAAGGCUCCUGUUGAACAGCAGCAUGAUUGAAAUGUCUCAGAGAGGGAAAAGAAAACUAGAAAAGCAGGAGAAAAUCUGACUGAAAAAACUAAAACAAUACAACCAGAGUAGAAAAACCAGAACAGCUGCAUGUUUCCAAAGAGAUUUCACAGGAUGAAUGAUGGUCUGAUAAAUCAGCUGUAGAUGCUCACUGUGCCUCAAAGAAGAAAAAAUAAACAUAAAACAAAGAAGAACAGAAGUUCAAUAUAUAUUUAUGAGAUUUAAAUACACACACACACACACACACGUAUUGUUACAUAACAUUUAUGCCUUAUUAUGUAUUGGACAUUUGUAAAUAACAAUAUUUAUUAUUAGUAUUAUUAUUCAGUUUUUAUGAUUGUCAUGUCUUAAACAUUUCUUCCACACACAGGUCUUCAACAUUUGAUUGUAUGUUUUGUCUGAGAUGCCUUUUUACAUCUUGUUCGUAUGUGGAACAGUUGGUCCUGUGUUCAAUCAAAGAAAAGUGAGCAAAUUUGAAAUAUAAGUAGAAUGAGAAAAUAUUUGUUUUCAUAGCACAAGGUAAACAGUUUGAGUGAACGCUCUCAAUCAAGGCUUCUCUUCCACUGAUGUCAACAAAUAACCUUAUGCUUUGUUUCCCCAAAGUAUUCAUGAAUUGGGGACCUGUCUGUUUCAGAAACAGUUUGUUUUAUUUUCAGGUUCAGCUGUUUGUGAGAAUAAAGUUGUUCUGUUAAGUUUGAACCACACUGACUGAUCUUCAUGACUGAAAGGACAAACGUGAUAAAGAACAGAUGGAUUAUUGCAAAUUAUAGAUCAUCUAUUCCAAAGUGUUCAAGAGUUACUUGAUAGCUUCUAUUGAACAACUGAAUGUUCUAAUAGCAAAAUUAAACUGAACCCAGACAUAACCUCUGUAUAAAAGUCAUGUUCCUCCCUCUGAUCUGUGAAAGUUUUUUUUGUUUGUUUUCUGGUUGUUACUUUAAUUUCAAUGUUUCUAAGGCUGAUCACAUUUUGUUUUGUGUAUUUAAUGUGAUUUUGUUGCUAAUAAAA